GGUUCUUCUAAGAUCAAAAAGACAGUUUGAAUGCGUGGUGCUUGAUAGCCAGUCGAAUAAAGUUUUAAGAGUAUUGUUUGAAACCCCGUUUCCACAAGUAUAAAGUCAAUUUCCCAGGAACCAGUAUCUGAUAAAGGAUUAUUCAGCAUAGAAUGAUAUAAUGUGGAAGUACGCGUCGAAAUUACAUAGUCGCCGUUUGGCUGGUCCUUUAGUUCGCCAUUAUAGGGUUCUUGCGAUUGAAUCAUCUUGCGACGAUUCUUGUGUGGCCUUGCUUGACAAAUAUCUGGCCCAUGAUCCACCAAAAAUAAUUGGCCAAUCCAAAAGCACUCUUAACUCAGCAAAAGAGGGUGGCAUUAUACCCACGGCUGCCCAUGAGUUCCAUCAGAUGGCAUUAGCGGACUUGGUUCAAGGAUUCUGCGCUGAACAUAACUUGAAUUCCAACAGUCCUCCAGAUUUAAUCUGUUGUACUAGAGGACCAGGUAUGGUGGGUUCUCUUAGUGCAGGUAUUCAAACAGCUAAGGGGCUAUCCAUUGCCUGGAACAGACCAUUGAUUGGAGUACAUCACAUGCUUGGUCAUGUCCUAACGGCGAUUUUGCCAAAGACAAGCCAACCUGAUCUAGCUCCACCAAGAUAUCCUUAUUUGAGUCUAUUGUGCAGUGGAGGUCACACCAUGCUUGUCUUACUGAAAUCCAUAACCGAUCAUAAGAUUCUCAUUAAUACUUCGGAUAUAGCUGCUGGAGAUUCGAUAGAUAAGUGUGCCCGUGUGUUGGGAAUAGAAGGUAACAUGAGAGGGAAAGAACUCGAGACAUAUGUUGCAAAUAUUCCGGAAGAACUCAAGGCUAAAUUCUCUAAAAUAAAUACCAGUUCGGCUGAUAAUGAGUUUAAGCUACAAAUGAGAUUACCUUUGAAAGGUCCCAGUCACUUAAAAGUUCCUGACGUAGUUGAAUUUGUAUUCUCCCAGUUUCAAAGUACUCUCCAAAGAUUCAAAGAGGUUAAUUUUCCUGACCAGAAUAUUGAUGAAGUCACAAAACAGUUUGUUGCAUACAAGAUCCAAGAGACUAUUUUUGAUCAUCUCAUUGAUCGGAUCAAUAUUUCCUUCUUUAAACAUGGCUUAUCUAAAAAUGGUGAUGGUGAACUAGCAGGGGUCAGAGACUUUAUCUGCUCUGGUGGUGUUGCUGCAAAUCAAACUUUAAGGAAAAAACUAUCCGAAAAUUUAACGUAUGACGCCAAUCUUCAGUUAUCUCCAGAUGAUAUGGUAUUUCAUUUUCCUGAUAUAGCAUUGUGUACAGAUAAUGCUGUGAUGAUAGGAACCGCAGGGAUCGAGAUAUUAGAAAACUUGAAAGUGAAGUCAGAUUUAAAAUUUUUACCUAUUAGAAGAUGGCCAAUGAAUGAACUUCUCGACGUCGAUGGCUGGGUUGUUGUAUCAGAUGCAGAGUUCCAUGAGAUCAGAAAAUUUUAGGUUCGUGUACAUAUUCGUGUAAAUAGGUUGUAUAAUGAUAUAAAUGAAUUUGGAAAAAUUAAAAAUACAUAGAAAAAGAAGUAAAGAAUAUAAAAUGCUAAAGAAAUGACAGAGUGAAAAUAAAAUAAUCAAAUGCUUUGGGUGUCACUCUCGUCGUCAUCACUUCCUCUAUCAAGAACCUGUGAAGAACCAUUGUGAAGAUCUUCAGCUUCAUCUGAUUGUUCAAAAUUAGCUUCGUCAUCACUGGGGAUUACAUCUGCCUCAGUCUCCCGGUGCCCCAAAAAGCUUUCGGUGAUAUCGAAUGUACGAAUCAAUCCUUCCCAAGUCUGGUAGUCAAAUGUAGCUAUAUGAUGUGUCUUAUUUUUUGAUGAGGUGCUAGCUUCUUCUGCUUCACGGAUGCUACAAAUCUUG